UUAUUACGUCACAAAUUCAUAACUAAAUAAAAACAAUGACUCUACUAUCUACAAUCCAAAUUAUCACAAUUUAAAUAAAACCUCAUUUUGCAUUGAGAUGAAAAGUCAAGAAGAGGGUAAAAAAUGGCCACAAUUCCUUGCAGUUUUCGCCGCAACUUUUGUCUACCUCCCCACGGGGAUUCACACAGGAUGGCCGGCCCCCUCCCUCCCCCAACUCCUCUCCGACGCCUACCCCCACGAAAUCACCAAUGAUGAAGCUUCCUACAUUACAAUAACCGGCCAUUUGGGCAACAUUUUCGGUGGUUUUUUGGGCAACCUCCUCCUUGACAAAAUCGGGAGGAAGAAAACCAUCCUCCUUAUUGCCCUCCCCCAAACACUGUCAUUCCUCCUAAUCAUUGCCUCCUAUGAAGUUAUGGAGUUGUUGUACGUGGGGAGGUUCAUUGGGGGGGUUGCCGAAGGGGCGACUUUCUCCUUCAUGCCUGUGUACAUUGCGGAAGUUGCCCAACCGGAAAUCAGGGGGAGUUUGGGUGUCUUCAUGUCGGUUAUGUGUGUCUUUGGGAUGCUUCUUGUCAAUUUGAUUGGUUCGUAUUUGAGUAUCAAGCAAUCCGCUGAGAUUUUUCUAGUGUUUCCGGUGCUUUUUUUGGUUGUUUUUUACAAAAUGCCUGAAAGUCCCUAUUUCCUCUUAAUGAAAAACCGGAAAAUUGAAGCUGAGUCAGUUUUGAAGUUCCUGCGUCGGAAAAAUAGCGUUUCAGACGAGUUGGCAAAACUCACGAGUGACGUGAAUCGACAAAUGUCCGAAUCCGGGACUUUCCGGGACAUUUUCACGAUCGAGUCCAACCGGAAAGCUUUGAUACUCGUGGUUGUGCUACGAACUUUUCAGCAAUUUACCGGAGUUUCAGCUUUUAGUCUUUACAUUCAGAUACUUUUGAAUGAAGCGACUCAAGUUUUGGCUCCUCAUGUCGGUGCUUCAAUCUUACUUCUAAUUCAAGUUUCAAUGUCGGUUCUUUCUUCAUUUUUUGUUGACAAAUGGGGACGAAAACCACUACUGAUUUUUUCAUCAAUUUCUUGUUUCAUUACUUUAACUUCCCAGACGAUUUUUUUUGCCUUUAAAGAGUACUCAAAUGUUGAUGUUUCAGUCAUUGAUUGGUUUCCUUUAGUUAUGAUGAUUCUGUUUAUGGUUUCAUUUUUUAGCGGUUUAGGAGUUAUCGUCAAUAUUUUUACAAGUGAAAUGUUUUCAGCAAGUGUUAAAAGCAAAACUAUUUGUUUGACAAAUGGUGUUUUUGCGUUUGGUAUGUUGGCAACAACGAAAUUUUACCAAACAACAGCCGAUAAUUUUGGUUUGACUGUCCCUUUCGCGACUUUUGCCAUUUUGACACUUUUUGGAAUUGUUUUUGAGUAUUUUUGGUUACCGGAAACGAAAGGCAAAACUUUGGAAGAGAUUCAACAAGAAUUGAAGAAAAAUAUGAAAUAAAUUUAAUUGUUUGAUUUUUUAUACUCAGUUUUUUCGCUUCAUGAAAUGUUUGUAAGAGUUUUUUAGACGCUUAUUAUUAUUAAAUAACAAAAAAUUGCUGAGUUUUAUUAA